UUCAAUGAAUACAUUUUCGAACUUCUAGAACCCUGACACCAAGUUUUUCGAUCUUCUAGAUCCCUCAUCAGUCGUUGUUUUUACUUUUGAGCCAUACAUUUCCAAAAGAAUCCAAAGGAGCCGGGGAAGUAACUCCCAGUAUUUCAUAGUACUCUAAAACCCCUGUAUUCCCAACUGUGUUAAGGCCCAGCCUAUGUUGUGAGCAUUAGAAACCCUCGUAAACGUUACCCACAUUGAAACAAUGGCUACCAGUUCAAAUUUACCCUUGUCCGUUGAGAAUGGCCCACAAACAUCACCCGUUUGUCUUAUUGUCCUGGGCAUGGCCGGUUCGGGGAAGACAACAUUUGUACAAAAACUUACCCAAACAUCGUUUGCAAAAUAUAAACCCUAUGUGAUUAAUUUGGAUCCGGCAUGUCGUGAGACACCCUAUCAUGCCAAUAUUGAUAUACGCGACACUGUGAACUACAAAGAAGUUAUGAAACAAUAUAAACUUGGUCCAAAUGGUGGUAUUGUGACCUCGCUGAAUUUAUUUGCCACCAAAUUUGAAAAGGUGGUCGAGUUAAUACGACGUGCAGGACAACAGGGUCAUAAAUGGUGUAUCAUAGACACACCGGGUCAAAUUGAGGUAUUCACAUGGUCUGCCUCGGGUACAAUAAUAACAGAGGCCUUGGCCACAAUGUUCCCUACCAUUGUGGUGUAUGUGAUGGAUGUGGUAAGGUCUGUGAGUCCCACAACAUUCAUGUCAAAUAUGUUGUAUGCCUGUUCGAUAUUGUAUAAGGCGAGAUUGCCGUUCAUUGUGGCCAUGAAUAAGAUCGACAUGCAAGACCACGACUUUGCCGUGGAAUGGAUGACAGAUUUUGAGGCCUUCCAAGAGGCAUUGGAAAAGGAACAAAACUAUAUUAGCAACUUAACCCGCACAAUGUCUUUGACACUGGAUGAGUUUUAUUGUGGUCUUAAAACUUGUGGCAUAUCCUCAAAAACAGGUGUGGGUUUUGAUGCCUUUUUUGGCCUGGUAGAGGAGGGAGCCAUUGAAUACGAGAAGGAAUACAAAGCUGAAUACAAUAAACUGCGCGAAGAGAAAUUAAAGGAACAAACGAAGAAACAAGAAGAGAAAUUGGAAAGCAUUGCCAAAAGUAAAGGUGCUGGUAGUGAAAUUAAAUUAACUGGCUUUGUGGAAGAGGUAUCAAGUGGCCGUGAACUUUCCGAUGUCUAUUUAAAACAUCCUGGCAAUGAAAGUUCUGAAGACGAGGAAGGCAAUGAAGAUGAGGCACCCUCCACCUAUCAAGUUGAACAAACGGAAGAACAAAAUUUCCAACAAUUUGUUAAAAAUCGCAUCGAUACACAAAAUGAAAAGAAUAAAAAUUUGAUGUCGGAAUGAAGAAGAAA